GGAGAGCUCAAACUUUUCGAGAAGCGUGAGAUUGUCGCAGUGCAAUUGGCAAGUGUAAGAGAAGAACAAAGUUCAAAUCAAUUGCAUUUCCAGCGCAGUAUCCCUUGUUCAAUAUGCAUUUCUCAACUCUCGCCGGGCUUGCGGCCACUUGCGCGACAGCCGUAUCGGCUGUCAGCGUGCCCAAAAUACCGUUUCCUCACUUUGAGCAGAUCAAGCCCAAAAUUAUGAUUAUCAGCAUGUUUGAACCUGAGGCUGCUGUCUGGCAUGGCAUUCCUGAAUUUGACAUUCUGGAGAAAAACAUUACUGUUCCGGGCUUCUCCCCGCUCUUUCCCGAUGUGCACUGUACAGCGAACGGCGAGAUUUGCCAGCUGAUUACGGGAGAAUCUGAAAUCAAUGCCGCUGUUACCGUUGCUUCGCUGGUCGCUACUCCUCUGUUUGACCUCACUUCCACUUACUUCUUCAUUGGCGGUAUCGCCGGUAUCAACCCCGAGGUUGCAACCCUUGGCAGUGUCACUUUUGCCAAGUACGCCGUUCAGGUUGCCCUCCAGUACGAGUUUGACCCUCGCGAGAUUCCUGCCAAUUACUCCACUGGCUAUAUUCCCCAGGGCGCUACUGCUCCGGGCGAGUAUCCUGAGAGCAUCUACGGCACGGAGGUGUUUGAGGUCAACGAGGCUCUCCGUAGCCUUGCCGUCGGAUUCGCAAAGACUGCCAACUUGACCGAUAGCGCCUCCGCCAAGGCCUACCGUGCCAACUACGCUGUUUCUGCCGCCUAUGCUGCUGGUGCUGCCGGCCCCAGCGUCAUUGAGUGCGACGUUGCCACCUCGGACGUCUACUACUCUGGCAAGAUCCUCGGCGAGGCCUUUGGCAACUUCACCCGUCUCUUGACCAACGGUUCUGGUGUCUACUGUGCUACCGCUCAGGAGGACAAUGCUUCCCUCGAGGCGCUCAUGCGUGGCGCAUGGAUGGGCCUUGUCGACUUUAGCCGAAUCAUCGUCAUGCGCACUGCCAGUGAUUUUGACCGCCCGUACCCCGGCGAGUCUGCCACCUUUAACCUCCUCUGGGCCCACCAGGGCGGUUUCUCUCCUGCCGUUACCAACAUCUACCUUGCCGGCGUCAAGGUCGUCCAGGGCAUUCUGGACAACUGGAACACCACUUUUGCCCAAGGUGUCAACGCUACCAACUAUAUUGGUGACAUCUUUGGCACUCUGGGCGGCGUCCCUGACUUUGGCCCAGGCAGCAUCUUCGGCAACGAGACUGCUACCAUUAGCCCUCUCGCUCGCCGCUCCCUCAAGGCCCAAGCCAUGGCCAAGCGCACUGUCGCGCAUCGCCGCCAGUUCCUCCCUGCCCGGUACCAAGAGUAAUUUGGGAUAGCUUGAUUGAGCGCACAUAUUCCUCAACAUAUCACCCCUUGUAUAUCAUCAUUUUUGCAUUUCAAAACCACCCCACCCCUUUUUUUUUUCUUUUGCUUUCCAGCCAAGUCCUGGUGGCGACGCGAGCAGUAACGAGCUAAAGUCCAAUAUGCAUUUAUGAUACAAUGCAUAAUAUACUAGCGAGCAUUAGAUAUAUAUACGAUAUACCAUAUGUACUGAAAAAUAGAGACAAUUCACUAUACAUAUCUCAUCCA